UUCUGGACUCACCAUCCCUUUUGGCACACACCUAAGCUUUAAUGAGAAUAACACAGGCCUCACCAACACCUUCACCGUCACCAACACCCAACUCUCUCUAGAAGUUUCUUUCCUUUCUUGUUUUCCCGGAAAAUAAACUUUCCCGAGAUUCGACCACAAGAAAGCCCUUAAAGUUUCCUAGAUUUUCACUAGUAGAUCUCUUGAUUCGGUGGAGAGUCGACGAAAGAAGACGAAAUUUUGCAAAAAAGAAAGGAUUGGGUAGAAGAAAAGAAGAAAAAGAAAAGUGAAUCGCAUGAGCUGGUUUGGGAAAUCGGGGCAGACAAUAAUAUUGAAUCCGAAUUCGAAUCAUUUUAUAACGUGUCUUUUGAUCUUUAUUCUCCAUUAUUCUCCUCAGUUGUCCAUAGAUUUUUUGAUAUCGAAUCGUAAUUUUAAUUCUGAUUAUAAUUUUAAUCGGAAUAGUAACCGCAUAAACAAUGGAGUCGAAAAACAGGAAUAAUCCCCAGUUGCGCAGAGAUCUUUGCGAUUCGAAUAUUGGGGGAACGAAAACAAGAUCACCGUCAGUCAUCGUCAUCGGAGGCGGUAUUGGUGGGCUUGCAGCGGCGCGUGCUCUUCACGAUGCAUCGUUUCAGGUGGUAGUACUUGAGUCACGAGAUCGUCUUGGAGGUCGAGUCCAUACCGAUUACUCAUUUGGUUUUCCUGUCGACCUAGGCGCAUCAUGGCUGCAUGGAGUUUGCCAAGAGAACCCAUUGGCACCAUUAAUUUCCAGACUGGGUUUACCCCUGUACCGCACUAGUGGGGAUAACUCUGUGUUGUAUGACCAUGAUCUAGAGAGCUAUGCACUCUUUGAUAUGGAUGGAAAUCAAGUACCACAAGAAUUGGUCACAAAAGUUGGUGAAGAAUUUGAGAACAUUUUAAAAGAGGCAUAUAAAGUAAGACAAGAAAUCACUGAAGACUUGUCUAUUCGACAGGCUUUCUCAAUUGUCUUUGAAAGGAGACCGGACUUAAAGUUGGAGGGGCUAGCCCAUAAGGUACUUCAGUGGUAUUUGUGCAGAAUGGAGGGCUGGUUUGCUGCAGAUGCUGAUACAAUCUCACUUAAAUCUUGGGAUCAGGAGGAAUUGCUUCCUGGUGGUCAUGGGCUGAUGGUGAGAGGCUAUCUUCCAGUUAUUAACACACUUGCCAAAGGUCUUGAUGUCCGCUUGAGCCACAGGGUAACAAAAAUAGUAAGGCGUUAUAAUGGAGUGAAGGUAACGGUAGAAAAUGGGACUACUUUUGUGGCAGAUGCUGUUGUUAUUGCUGUUCCUCUUGGUGUCUUGAAAGCAAAUAUCAUAAAAUUUGAACCAAAGCUUCCAGACUGGAAGGAAGCAGCCAUUGCUGAUCUUGGAGUGGGGAUUGAGAACAAGAUAGUUUUGCACUUUGAAAAGGUGUUCUGGCCAAAUGUCGAGUUCUUGGGAGUGGUUGCAGAGACAUCUUAUGGGUGCAGCUACUUUCUAAAUCUGCACAAGGCCACUGGUCAUAAUGUCCUUGUUUACAUGCCUGCUGGGCAGCUUGCCAAAGACAUCGAGAAAAUGUCUGAUGAAGCAGCUGCAAAUUUUGCUUUUACACAACUCAAGAAAAUCCUUCCUGAUGCUUCUGACCCGAUUCACUAUCUUGUUUCUCAUUGGGGCACAGACAUUAAUUCACUUGGAUCCUAUAGCUAUGAUGAAGUGGGCAAAGCUCAUGACCUGUAUGAGAGGCUAAGGGUCCCAGUAGAUAACAUAUUCUUUGCUGGGGAAGCUACAAGUAUGGACUAUCCUGGGUCUGUUCACGGUGCCUACUCAACUGGUUUAAUGGCUGCUGAAGGAUGCAGGAUGCGUGUCCUUGAGCGUUACGGGGAGUUGGAUUUGUUCCAGCCAGUCAUGGGUGAGGAGGGCUUAGUCUCAGUUCCCCUUUUGAUCUCUCGUUUGUAACUUCUAGGCCGAACCCCUAAAAGUAAUGUGGGUUUUGUUUGGUCUGGCUGAGAGACUAGUGGAAAAUUAGUUCAAGCAUUUGGUUAAUGUUUACGUGUGUGGCUGGUACUAUUUUUGGACAAUCACUAAUAAUGUGAACUAGUGUUUUAGUUA